AUGAAACGUGCCAAGUGGAUGUUCUGGCGUACCAACGAGCGGCGGGUGCUGCUCAUGGGUGUCAACUACUCGGGCAAGACGACGCUUCUGUACCGUUGGAAAACUGGAGAGGUGGUGAACUCGAUACCGACUAUUGGAUUCAAUGUCGAGACUAUAAGACAUUCCUCCGGCCACACAUUCGAGGUGUGGGAGCCAGGAGGAAGCGACAAGGCGCGACCCCUGUUUCGGCACUAUUAUGACAACGUAGAGUUAGUCAUUUUCCUCCAUCACUGUGCAGACAUGAGUAUGUUUGACGAGCAGCUGGACUGGUUCAAAACCUUGGCCACCGAUGGCGAGCUGUAUCAUGCGCCGAUCCUGGUGGUGCCCGCCGUGCAAGACACCAUGGCUCCAGACACAAAGACUGAAGAUUUGGCAAAAAUCAUGGCCGCAUACGCGAAUGUCGCUGCGAACUACAGGCGGCCAGAGCCUAUAAAGAUAUUUAAUUGCCCUGGCUUUUCUGCGAGAACGACUGAGAACCCGGAGACUGUGCUUGACGAGGUCGCCAAGAUGCUCCCGGGAAAGCGUCGUGAUGCAACUAAAACCCCAGAUACAAAAGCCCCCAAUUCUCCCCCGAGCGCUUCGGACGUUGAGCGAGCAAAGACGAUGACGGAUGCUGAUGGCAAGAACAUGGAAAGUUUUUGGAGCGCGUUUGAAGACGGAUCACUAGCCCCAUGGGAUCACUACAACCAUCUCAAAGCUGGAUUCUUUGUUCUCAUCGAGACGUUUGAACAGGGUGGUGCCAUUCUAGACGCGGCAGAGACAUUCGUCGGGCAUCUUGAUCGCUUGCGAACGGCGGAUCCAGAGCUCUUUCGCGAUGAAAGUCACCGCACAAUGACGACUUUUUGGCUAGCGCAGCUUCAAGUUGCUGCUGCCAAUUACAUCAACAGCUUGGCUUCGGCGCGGCCGUUGCAGCGCGACGAUUUCAAGAACGUUCUUUUGAAAACUCCCCAACUCACCGAUGAACGGCUGUGGAGUGAGCACUAUUCGGAGGAUGUACUGUUUACGCAAGAUGCCAAAGACGGCUGGUGUCUACCGAAUCUGAAGCCCUUGCCCUCUGUGACAACCAGACGGCGCCUCAAAGCUGGGCUCGGUCCACCGGCAAUGGCUUCUGACGUUGACAGACUGGUCGGAUUUGGGUUGACUGUGGUCAAGCAAACAAUAGUAUCUAGGGCGCGAAGAGGAGCGAUCGUCAAGGCGGCGCUGGCUGCCUUGCAGCCUUCGACAAUGCAGGAGCGCGCAGUCAACGCGGCCAUCCCGCCAUAUUCGGAGACCCAGGCCUAUUUCUGGGUGCAAAUGGUCCACGCCGCAGUCGCCGCGGCCAACAACUCAGAAGUUGAAAAGGCUGAGUCGCUCAACUGGUCUGGAUCCAUAGAGUCGCUUACACUCCCAGCCUUCAAAGCCCUCUUUGGCAUCACCGGGGAUGAGUGGCGCGAGCACUACUCUGCCAAGUCAUGGAACAGCCUCCCCGCGCGGAUGCAGUUCCAUCCCCCGGACAAGAAGCCCCUUCCCGACGUCAUUGCCGUGCACGACAAGGCAAGAGUCAGCGCGGCACGGGGCGCCAUGGUGGAGAGCUACGCGUCGGAAAAGGAGCCUCGGUCGGAGAUGCCGCCGCUCAAGGAUCUCGCCGUCAUGGCCGCCGUGCUUGCGCGAGAGCUCGAAGACGGGACUGGCAGAGAUCAUGGCAUCAUGCUGCAGGCACUAUUUGAUCUCUUGCACGCGACCGAGGAGAUGAAGCAGGACCCGACGGCGAGCCAGAGGACACAGUCGCUGGCCAUUGCCAAGGCACUCGACAUCCCCUGCGCCAGCGUCGACGGCCUGACGCAGAGGAUGUUUUGGGUGCAGCAGGUCUUGCUUGCGGUAGGCAAGUUUGAGGGAGCUGAUUUUGGGGAGUUUGUUCGGGCUAAUGCGCAUCUGGCGUACAGGGAGCUUCCGUUGGUGUAUUACACGUCGAUGCUGUGGGCGAGCAAGGAGGCCGAGGAGGUAUACAUAGCGCCGGACCGCAAGUCACUAAGAAGCCUGAUCAUUUAG